CAAAAUUGAAGUGAGCAUUAUUUCUGUAAAAAUUAACCAGCAGUUCGCGAGUGGCUCGUCAUUUUUAGACAGACAAUGGUUAUCAUUAAAUUAUAAAAUCUAAAUAAACUAAAUAAAUUGGUAGUUUUUGUGAUAUGAAAACUUCACCGCGUCUGCUUGAGAUUUUAGUGUCCGCCAGACAAUUAUUUAGCAUGGAACCAGUCAGACAAUUAUUUAACGUCCUUCAAGUUAUUUUUCGGCGCAUAUAUAUUUACAUAAAAGACUUUAUUGUAAACGAAUUCAUACCCUUGAUCGUGGAUUUGAAUAAUUUCGAAGUACGGGAAGAAAAAAUUAGGUAUUUAACAUUGUCCAAGCAACUGUUCGCCGACUUAGCAGCUUUCUUUAUUAUUUUCGCUCUCUUUGCAACAUUUCUGUACUUUUCAACGCAAUGUGCAUCUGAAAAUCACCACUGUGCCCCUGAAAUUGAUCCUCAAUCCGAAAAUCCACCGGUAGUUGACCUGACGGAAGAAGAAAACGAUCGGGACUCGGUCUUUGAACUCCCGACGCUAAACCACCCCCGGGGUGACGCAUCAACGGGCCCAGAGAAAAUAUUCCCUCGAAGAAAGCACCAAAUAUUGAGAAAAUCGAGGCCUUACUGCAUUUCUACCGACAACGAGUCUUCUAGAUCGACAAUCAGCGCAAAAACGACCCAGUCGCAGCACUCGCAGCCGGUUGUAAUUCACCCAGACAUCAGGAGUCUAAACCCCGACAGGUUCAACAGCUGGAUCGUUCGCAGGACGAGGAGCGGUCAGAUUUACGGAAAAUAUCCGAUUUAAUUUGACAAAAAAAUCAAAUCAAAAUUGAUUGUUACAAUGAAGAGAAAUUUUGAAUGACUUUUUAGCGAAAAUUGGUAUCAAUGACCUCUUGGUACAUCCGCUAAAUGAUAAUUUAUAAUUCAAUGACACUUAAAAAUAAUGAUAAUGGUAAUUUAAAUAAUUUAUUAGUACGUAAAUGCAACGUAAGAAGAGUUAAACAUAAAAAUUAGAUAAGAUACUGGAGUUCAUGCUCCCGAUUUGUCAAUUAUUCUUUGCGUGAAUAAUGAAUCGCAUCAUGAAGUAGCCUCGAGGCUAUCAAAGACUUUAAUUAAUGCAUUUGCGUACUAAUUUAUUAUUUAUUAUUCAACUCAUUAUUAUUAUUGUUUAUUAUUGUUAUUU